CUGGUUCGUAAAAUUUCACGUUUAUGUUUUUUGCGACACUCACCACUCAAAUAAAUUAACAAUGGGACCCUUUUAUGUAACCAACUUGUGGUCAUCUUAAGCUCUAAUCCAAAAAAAAAAAACAUCAUUCCAUGUUUUAUUUUUUUAUUUCCCAUUUUCAGUUCCUAAACAAAAGCCUUCACCUUUUGAUUACACUCACUCUUUUCUUCAUUUCACUCCGACCCAUUUGCAUAACUUCGCUGAUCUCUCGUUUUCACCAUCUGGGUCUCCCCAAUUUUCGCCUCGAUUCUUGUUCUUCUCGAUCCAUUGGUGAUGGCAUCGAUGGGUUCUUUACCGUUUCUUGUGGAAGCCAAUGCCGACUCCACUUUGAUGAUGAUGAUGCUUCAGAACAGGAAUCACAAGUUUUCUUCACCAAAGUUUAACACUGUGAAUGCUUCAUCGUUAGUAAGAGGAUGGGGGCGUGGAAGAGUGAACCAUAGGUGUAGUAGUAGGGGUUUGUUGUGUUUGGUGGAGAAGAAUAAGCACAUAAGUGCUUUAGGGAAGAGUUCUGGGACAAGUGAGGAUAAGGAUGAGUCAGAGGAAGUGCUUCAGGCCACAAUUGAGAAGAGUAAGAAGGUUCUUGCUUUGCAAAGGGAAUUGCUUCAACAGAUUUCUGAAAGAAGGAAACUGGUUUCUUCAAUAAAUAGUGAAAGCACUCCUGAAAUAGAAGGAGACAGCAUUUCUUAUGAGCACAGUGACGAAUCCUUGUCAAGUGACUCAAUUCCGCAGAAAGGUUCAGCCAAAAGAGGCAGUGCUGUUGAGAACGAAAAUGGUGUUCUUGUUUCAAGCAAUUAUGUCCAAUCUAUUGAGAAGGAAAUACCAGAUGUCUCAUUUGUAGGCAUUGAUCUCGGUUUGGACAAAGGUGAAGAGGAAGAUGAUAAUCUGUCUCCUGUUGAAAAGGCUUCACCUAGGCUAUAUUUUGAUGAACAGUUGAAUAGCAAGAGAUAUGAGACAAUAACACCUGAUACCCUGACAAGUGAAAUCCCACGUAGCACUGAAACCUCUAAUCGAAAGAUUGAAAUACUUGAAGCUUUGAGUGAAUCAAGUACAAAGGAGGUUGCUAAUGAAGGCGACAAUGUGGAGAGUAAAGGUGAAAACCCCCCACCGUUGGCUGGGGCCAAUGUCAUGAAUGUCAUAUUGGUUGCAGCAGAAUGUGCUCCCUUCGUCAAAACAGGUGGUCUUGGAGAUGUUGCUGGAUCAUUACCUAAGGCUUUGGCUAGGCGUGGACACAGAGUUAUGGUUGUAGUACCUCGGUAUAGUCAUUAUGCUGACGCACAAGAUAUAGGAGUAUGGAAACGAUACAAAGUAGAUGGUCAGGACAUGGAAGUAACAUAUUUCCACUCUUAUAUUGAUGGUGUUGACUUCGUUUUUAUUGACAGUCCAAACUUUCGCCAUUUACAGGAUAACAUAUAUGGGGGAAACCGAGAGGAUAUUCUAAAACGCAUGGUGUUGUUUUGCAAGGCAGCUGCUGAGGUUCCUUGGCAUGUUCCUUGUGGUGGAGUUUGCUAUGGAGAUGGAAAUUUGGCCUUCAUCGCAAAUGAUUGGCAUACUGCUUUGCUGCCAGUGUAUCUGAAAGCAUAUUAUCGUGACCAUGGUUUAAUGAAGUACACAAGAUCUGUUCUUGUGAUUCAUAACAUAGCACACCAGGGACGGGGCCCCAUUGAUGAUUUCCGCUACACAGAUUUACCUGAACACUACAUAGACCUUUUCAAAUUAUAUGACCCGGUUGGAGGUGAGCACUUCAAUAUCUUUUCGGCUGGUUUAAAGGCAGCUGACCGGAUUGUCACUGUGAGUCAUGGAUAUGCAUGGGAGAUUAAAACUUCUGAAGGUGGUUGGGGUUUGCAUGGGAUCAUAAAUGAGAAUGACUGGAAAUUGAGAGGAAUUGUGAAUGGAAUUGACACCAAAGAUUGGAACCCCAAGAUUGAUGUUCACUUGAAAUCAGAUGGAUACACUAACUACACCCUUGAGACCCUGCAAAGUGGCAAGCGUCAGUGCAAAGCCGCCUUGCAAAAGGAGCUCGGUUUGCCUGUCCGUGAGGAUGUUCCGUUACUUGGAUUCAUUGGAAGGCUGGAUCAACAGAAAGGCAUUGAUCUCAUAGCCGAAGCAAUUCCUUGGAUAGUGGGCCAGGAUGUGCAGCUAGUCAUGUUGGGAACUGGAAGGCCGGACUUAGAAGAUAUGCUUAGGCAGUUUGAGUCCCAACACCGUGACAAAGUCAGAGGAUGGGUUGGCUUUUCGGUCAAGAUGGCUCACCGGAUAACAGCAGGUGCAGACAUAUUGCUGAUGCCAUCAAGAUUUGAGCCAUGUGGAUUGAAUCAACUCUAUGCCAUGAAUUACGGAACAAUUCCAGUUGUACAUGCUGUCGGUGGAUUGAGGGAUACAGUGAAGCCUUUUAAUCCAUUUGAAGAGUCGGGCCUUGGGUGGACAUUUGACAGUGCAGAAACUAACAAGUUAAUAAAUGCAUUAGGGAACUGCUUGUUGACCUUCAGGCAGUAUAAGCAGAGCUGGGAAGGGCUCCAACGGCGAGGGAUGACGCAGGAUCUUAGUUGGGACAAUGCUGCUCAGCAGUAUGAGGAGGUUCUUGUUGCUGCUAAGUACCAAUGGUAAAUUCUUGGCUUCUACUCUACCUAAGCAGACUGAUCAAUAUGGAGUGCUCUCAUGCUGAGUGAUAUCAAGGUCUGUGCAGGGAAAGGACUUGGUCAAGUUGUUAAAACCUUCAUGUUGCAGGUCCUGGAGGAACAUUUUUGCCCCUAAACUAAGGAUUAUGUAAUAAUACACUUGUUAUAUAUGUCAUGUCUGGCACAUACCUAUGUAGCUAAAACAUCAAUCCAGCAAUAUAUAAAAUAAGGUUAGAAACUUUAUUGUCC